AAUCUAUUAACUAUUCAAUCUAUUAAAAAUAAAAAAUUAGUUAACUGAAAGUUUUAUUUUUAAAUAUAAGAAACUUGAGAAAUGAAAAUUUUAAUUUUUUUUUUUUCAAAAUCUAAAUAUCCGAACCAGAUCUGAAAUACCCGAACCCUACCCGAAAACAGAAAUACCCGAACGGGUUCUACACCUCUAUACCGAAAUACCCGAAAAUCCGAAAUACCCGAUCCGAACCCGAACGGAUACCCAAGGCUAAACUAAAUCGAUAAUUACUAUCCCCUAGCUAUAUAUGGGCUUAACGAAAUCGACAAUAGUUUUGGGCUUGUCUACAUAAGCGAUUGAUUAAAAUAAAUAAAAAAAGAAAAAUUCAAAAAAAACCAGCCAAUAGAAUUAUAACGUUUUUCCUGAGAAGCUCUAUAUGAGUGCCAACUCAGCAGAAAUCAAUAAAGUGACUUCUCUUUUAAUGUAUAGGGGGAUAAUUUAUUUUUUAUUUUUUUUAAAUGGAUAAUAAGGCUAAUGAGUGGCUAAAGACGAAUUGCUCCUUGGUAAACUAGAAUAUUUACACAGCCCAAUCUAAAGAUCCGACCACCCAAACCCAAUCACCAAAACCGACCCAUCUAAAGCUAAAAUGACCGCGUUUCGUUCAACCCAUUGAAGCCCUCCGACAAGAACAACUGAGAACGUAUUUGUCACUUUCUAUUCCCUCUAACCAAUUUUUUUUCCAGAGAAAGUUUUUCUAUAACGCUUUCUCUUCUUCAAUUUGUGAAUAAAAAAAUUGGAACUUUCGAUUCGUUUUUUCUUCUGUUCUUUCGCUGACCGACAAGAUAUCAGCCGGGACGUGGAGAGCCGCUGAAUCCUAAUUAUCAGUCGUACCAGCAGAACCAUCAGCAGCAACAACGGCAAAAGUGGUCACGUCGCGCUGAAAACGAUAAUGAGUCAAGAAGACGACGUCGACGUCACUCCUUUAAGCCACUGUCAAACUGACUGGCUUGGGGCCUGGGGGGAAUCCUUUCUCUUAUCCUCAAGAAAUGGCGACAAAACAACUUAUAGUAUCACCAGUUACUGUGUCAGCCAAGAGCUUAGCCUCGCUCAGAGUUUCGAGUGCCAAGUUUGGAACUUUGAAACCAGGCACCCUUAAGCAGAGCCAGUUCCGUUCUUUGGUUGUCAAAGCUGCUUCUGUCGUUGCUCCUAAGUACACUUCAAUUAAGCCAUUGGGAGAUAGAAUUUUAGUGAAGAUCAAGGAGGCAGAGGAGAAGACAAUGGGAGGUAUCUUACUUCCAUCUACAGGUAGGAGGCAGAGGAGAAGACAAUGGGAGGUAUCUUACUUCCAUCUACAGGUCAAUCGAAACCUUAAGGAGGUUAAGUCGUUGUUGUGGCUGAAAGGGGAAUUAUUGGGAAAAACAAAGUUGAUAUCACUGUCCCUAUAAACUGGAGCACAAAUCAUUUACUGCACAGGUACGCUGGAACUGAGGUGGAGUUCAACGAUGUGAAACAUCUCAUUCUUAAGGAAGAUGAUAUUGGCCUUUCUUAGUUUUUUAUCUUUUAUUUAUGUAUUUAUGAUGUUAUUUAAAUAUUUUGGAUGUUUCAAAUUUGGUAGGAUAAUGCUUUUGAAUUUUUAAAACUUGGUGUGUUGCAUGGAUUUACUAGGUCUGCUAUGCCCAAAAAUGAGUUAGUCAGAUAACUGGAUAUAUUAGGUUUAUUAUGCCUAAACCCCACUAUAAAAUGAAAUACCAAAAAUGAUUAACACAUGUAAAACACUAAAAUAUAUAAUAUUAAAAUAAGGGAAUUUUUUUAAAAGAACAAACAAAUUUCACGUGUAAAACGUGCAGCCGUCAUAAAUAGAUUUAAUAUUAUAUUUAACAUUUAGUAAUUCAUAGUAAUCUUCAAGGAGAUAGUAAUACUACUUUACACAUAGUAAUACUUUGACCAUUUUUACGUUUAUCUAGUUAAACCAUGACAAAAGAGAAAUUUUUGUAGUAAAACCAAUGAUUUUACACUAUGAUUAUUGGUAAAGAAAACAUUUGCAUCAAAAAUUAGCCAGAAAUACGUAUUUUGUUAUAUUCUCCUUACUAUAGUCUAACAAUUCACAUACUAACAAUGAAAGUUAAGGAAGUUUUUUUUUAGAAAAUGAUAAGUUUUCUUAAACUAUUGAAAAUAAUCACCAAAAAUAGUUUUAAAUAUACAUAUUUACUAUAUACGUAGUCUAUUAACAUAAAUAUAUGGGUUCUAUAUACUAAACUGACGUACUACUUGCAAUAUAUACGGUAGUCCGAAUAACACAUAAUAAAACCAAUAAUCUUUGUAAUCCGACUUACACAUAAUAAAACUAGUAAUCCUAAUAGUCUGAAUUACACAUAAUCCUCUUUGUCUAUAUCAUUGUUGAACUCCACAUGUGGAACACUUUGCUCAUGAUUAACUUGAAGUAGAUAACCAAAAAUGUCUUCAUCAUUCCAGAUAUAUGAUGACGUAUUGGAAUACAAAUACCAUUGGAAAGUAACUAAGCUUCGCUUCCAUCUUAGAUUCAUCUACCUUUAACUUUCUGCAAAUACGCUCAACCAAAGCAGAGUAUGUGACCUCUUCCACUGAUUUCUUUAAUACAAUCGUUUGAAUUUCAUCUUCUCCUUCACCAUCUCUCGAUAUCCAUUUUAUUUCAGCCUUAUCCUUCAUAUAAUAUUUCUCGUAAUCAAAACAAAUGAUUGUGCAAGGCGGAUUUUGCAUUUUUCCUGAAAUAAAAUAGAAUAUCAUUAGAAUUAUCAUUAUUAAGAUGCUUAGAAUUAAUUCUCACCCGUAUAAUAUUCUCUUACUAAUGCUAAUUUAAUUCAGUACUAUACAUAGUAAUACUAGAAAUACUAGUAAGAAUAUAAAUACAAUAAUCCUAGUAUUUCCAGUAAAACUAUUUUGCCUUAGUAAAAGUAGUUAUACUAGUAAUACCCAGAACUUAUCCUUGUACUAAUUAAUCCGCUUUAAGGACGAUAUUGUUAGGAUUUUACAUUACCCUUGAUAUAUAAUUCAUCAUAAAUGAAAUUACACACAGAAAAUCAUCAAAACACACAUAAAAUAUAUCCAAAAUCUAUAAACACAGUUUUCAAAAUCUUUUUUAAUCUAUCAUAAUUUUGAUUGGAUCUUUUUUUUUUUACACUAGCGGAGAUAUACACUUGUUUUAAUAACAUUUCAGCAAAAAAAUCAUCAAAAACGGACAUAAAAAUACCCGAAAGCCCUAAACACAGUUUUUUGAAAUCGUUUUAAAUCUCUCAAAUUUUCAUCAAAUCGUAUAUUUUAAACACUAUCCAUGAUAUACACGACAUUUUAAUGUUAUUUUACAAAAAAUAAAAUCAUCUCAAACGAACAAAAAUUACCUGUUUUAGGAGCUUCAAAAUCGCCAAUGGAGGUUGAAGAGAAGGAGAGAGUACGAGGAAGAAGAAGGUCAUGUGGGCCAACUGAGCUCUCAUUGGUUGAGGUAUUAUUGUGGGCCAUGUAGGUAGUUGAAAAUUGUUGGUUUAUUUAAUUGAAGAAAUAAAUGAAGAAAGGCUAUUUUGGGAAGUGCAAGGAUAAAAGGGUAGAGAGAAUAGAGAGGGGACAAUAAGAAUUCAUUUAGGGGGGUAUGGGGUAUAUGGAGUUAAUCCCCAAUGUGAACGGAGAUGAGGAAGAAGGUUCUGAUGACUGACCAUCGGAUUCGGGUUUACGAGCAGACAACGAUCUUCGUCGGAUCAAUUUGGAUAUUUCUUCUCCAACAUCGAUUUCUCAGAGAAAAAAACAAAAACAACUCGGAAGAGGAAGAGGAAGAGAGAGAAGGCAAAAAAUUAGCCAAUAAAAAAGUUACGCGUACGGGGUUUUUAGUGAUUCCAAUGGUGUUGGUUUAGGCAGCGGUUCUCUUCUUUUUUCUUUUUUUCCAUUUUUUUUUUUGGUUUUUUUUCAAGAACUCUCUUUUAAAACCUCUUGAUGGAGGUGGUCUAAGAAACCAGAAAUAAAAUGCUCUUCAUAUAUUUAAACAAGAAAAUAUUACAUCCAAAGGUAAUUUUGAGUUUUUAUUAACAUAAUAGAGCAGUUCUCACUACUAAGGUAGUUUUCUUUAAUCAAAGCCUACUCUCUGUUACAAUCUAACUAAAUAAGUGUCUAAUACACUAACUAAGUGGAUCCCAUAUAUCUUUUUCUACAUUUUCUUAGUUAAGAGACAAAACAAAGUGGACCCCCAUGUAUCUUCUUCUUCAUUUCUUGCUUUUGAGUUCAUUAAUUUUCUUUUUGUUAAAUGAAUGUUAGUUUUCCAGAACAUUUUUCCAGAAAAUAUGUUCAUAAUCAAUAUCUUUAUUAUCCAACAUAUCUUUUUGAGAUAUGUCAAGCUAUAUCUCUAAUGGUGGUAUAAUCAUGGUGUAUAAAAGCUCUCUCUUUCAAUGGAUACACCUCUGUCUCAAACUCUAAGACGAGAUUCAAAACUGUGGCACUGGUUCUGAAGCUCCGGAGGUGUCAUCGCUGUGCCCCUUUUUGUCACAGCCACCACUUGUGAGAAGCUUGAUAACAACAAUGGUCAACUUUGACAUUUGAUGUUUGUCAGAUCUUUUAACUAGUUUUUUUGAUAUAAAAAGUAUUCGAAUAAAUAAUACAUCAUAAAGAACCACAUAAUAAUGAAAAGAAUCUAACAAAUGGGAUAUGAGUUAUGUAUCAUUAUUUCGAUGUACACAUAGAUAUUAUUACUUCUAUGUACACAUAGACAUCAUUUACAACUGUGUAUACGGAUAUAGUUACCAUUACUUCCAUGUACACAUAGAUAUCAUUUACAACUGUGUACACGUUUAUAUUUACAACUGUGUACACGAAUAUAGUUGAUUUGACUCAUUACUUCGAUGUACACAUAGAUAUCAUUUACAACUGUGUACACGAAUAUAGUUAUCAUUAUUUCGAUGCACAUAUAGAUAUCAUUUACAACUAUGUACAUGUUUCCAUGGGAAAAUGAGGAGUUAUGUAUCAUUACUUCGAUGUACACAUAGAUAUCAUUUACAACUGUGUACACGAAUAUAGUUACAACAGUGUACAAAAUGAUAUUUUCACAACAGUGUACACAUCGAUAAAGCCCACAACCACUCUGUCUUUAAUGGUGGCAAUUUUGUAAAUAACAUGUCUUCUUCCUUUUAGGUUACAGAAAACUCUGCAACUUUCUAUUCGAGCCACCAUCAAUUUUUUUUCACUUAAUCAUCAUUUUCUUUGCUAUUUUAACACAAAAACCUUACAAAUCUUAUUUAGAUUAACCAAAAAACAAUUAAAAUUUUUUUUCAACAAAUCGAGUUUUAACUGAUUUUAACCAAAACUUUUUUGUCCAUGUCCGCCAAAUGAUUCUUUGAUUUCUGGCCACCACCCGUGUUUUCGAACACAUGUAAGAGAGUUACGACACACUGACAAUGUGGACGAUUAGAUCUUGUCUCCGGCGAGAGCUUGUCGACUUUUUUGUAUGACUCUUCACAAGAGAGAAGGACGAACAACAUGGUUUCCUUCUUUUGCCAUUAAAAGUCUUUUUAUCCUCUUCAUUCUCUUUUGUCAUUAAAAUCAUUGUUUUCUAGAUUUUUUAUUGGGAUUUCUCUACCAUUAAGAAUUAUUUUUCUUUUACAGAAAGAAAAAAAAAAACAAAAUUAAAAACUGUGGGAUCCAUUUAGUUUCAAGAAAGCACGUAGUUAGCUUGUAGUGGUGAAAAAUAACUCUUUAAACAAAGCCCAAUAUGUGGCUAUUCUGUCCUCACACGCAAAUUCAGCGCGUAUAGCUUACGGGCGGCCCAAAGUAGUUGUAGUCUUGCAGUGCAGAGAGAGAGAGAGAGUGGAGCCAAGAAAGACCCUAAUCUUUUUGAAAUGUCGUUGACAGCCAUCGGUUCCGGUGAAGAGCCACCGUCAAAGAAGCUAGCAAUAGAACCUACAACCAAUCUGCCACUUCCAGAUGAGCUAGUAUUGGGUUGCUUCGCCCGCGCCUCGAGAUUGCACUACCCGAUUCUCUCACUCGUCUCCAAGACCUUUCGUUCGCUCACUUCUUCACCGGAGCUUUACCAGACCCGAUCUCUACUAAACCGCACCGAGAACUGUCUCUACGUGUGCCUGCAGUUCCCUAAUGACCCUUGCCUUCGCUGGUUCACUCUCUGUCGGAAACCCGACAAAGCCCUUAACAACAAGAAAAAGAAGAAGAAGAGUUCAACAAGUGGCAAUGUCUUGGGUCAGGUUCGGAUUCUCGGUUCUCCUCCUCCAGUGGAAUGGUCAAAUCUCGUAGCUGUUGGUCAUAAGCUCUACGCAGUCAGAGAUGGCCCCUGCUCUUCUGACGUCUUCUUUCUCGACUGUCGAACACACACGUGGGUUGAAACUCCGAGCUUGAGGCUUGCUCACACCUUUCCAGAGUGUGAUGGGAUGAUAUAUUUACCAGGCGGCUCCGAGAGCCCAGAUUCUCUCAACUUUGUGCAAGUGUUUGACGUAAAGACACAAACUUGGAAGCCCGUGCCUCCCGAGAAGAAGAUAUUCAGACUCAGAGAUUUACAAGGAAGGGCUUACCAGAACAAUGAUGUAGCGGCGGCGUCGUCUCGUAGGUGGCUUGUGGUUGCAAGGCUAAAGGAUCGUACAGUGUCCGUAGAAGGGUCUGGUACUCUCUGUUUGAUAGAGAAAGCAUUCUAUCGAUAUGCAUCAUCCAGUGGGGAGCUACUUUGGUCUAACCGUAGCACCGAAUCAGAUGUUUGGAGGAAAGUUAAAGGCUUGGAAGGACUGCCUAAGUUUACCCGCUAUAGCAAUGUUUAUCUGGUUGCAAGUGGUGGUAAGUUGGUGGUGUUUUGGGAUAAGUAUGUCCCUGCACGUGGUGGGUAUAAGGAGAAGAUGAUUUGGUGUGCAGAGAUUUCGCUGGAAACGCGCAGCAGUGAAGAGGUUUGGGGAAAGGUAGAGUGGUUCGAUGCUGUGCUUACAGUUCCAAAGUCUUACAAGUUCGUGUAUUCUAUUGCUGCUACCCUUUGAAGGGAAUGAAUCAGGUUAACUACUCAUGAGACAGGUUUGAAGGGAAUGAAUCAGGUUAUGUUUUGUUAUUAUGCACUUCUUGAAGUUAUGUCAUGUUUCUUGUAAAUGAUUAAGCUUUUUAUGUAACUGUGUAUUUGAUUUCAAACUCUUUAGGCUACUCUUUGAUGAAUGACUCAUGAGACAAGCGGCUUUCAACCUAUGACAAUAGUGUUAGUGACAA